AUGCCUAAAAUUAAAGCCGAAAAGAAAUCUAGAAUACACAAUGAAAUUGCUAAACAAGGUAUUCAGUUUAAUAAGGAUUUUGGUCAGCAUAUAUUAAAAAAUCCUCUUAUCAUAACAUCUAUGUUAGAUAAAGCUGGUCUAAGACCCACUGAUGUUGCUCUCGAAAUUGGUCCUGGUACUGGUAAUAUGACAAUAAAAUUAUUGGAUCGCGUAAAGAAAGUUAUUGCUUGUGAAAUCGACACAAGGUUGGUUGCUGAACUUCAGAAACGUGUUCAAGGCACGCCCUAUCAGUCUAAAUUACAAAUAAUUGUGGGUGAUGUUUUAAAAACUGAGCUUCCUUUUUUUGAUAUAUGUGUUGCAAAUAUUCCAUACCAAAUCAGUUCUCCUUUGGUGUUUAAAUUGUUGUUGCACAGGCCUUUUUUUAGAUGCGCUGUUCUUAUGUUUCAAAAAGAAUUCGCACAAAGAUUGGUGGCCAAACCUGGUGAUAAAUUAUAUUGCAGGUUGUCAAUAAAUACACAAUUAUUAGCUCGUGUUGAUAUGUUAAUGAAGGUUGGAAAAAAUAACUUCAGGCCACCACCAAAAGUCGAAUCAAGUGUAGUGAGGAUAGAGCCUAGAAAUCCACCACCACCAAUCAAUUUCGUAGAGUGGGAUGGUUUGACAAGAAUAGCAUUUGUAAGAAAGAACAAAACAUUGUCAGCUGCUUUUAAGCAUUCAACAACAAUGGCAGCUCUAGAAAAGAAUUAUAGAGUACAUUGUUCUUUGCACAAUAAGGAAAUACCCGAAGAGUUUGACAUAAAACAAAAAGUCCAAGAAAUAUUACUUUCUGCAGAAGCUGAUCAAAUGAGAGCAAGAACAAUGGACUGUGAUGACUUCAUGAAACUGUUACACGCCUUUAAUUCUGAAGGAAUUCAUUUCGCAUAA